UCGUAAUUUUGCAUCUUACUUCCCGGCCACCGUACCUUUUGCCUUCUCGCCUGGAAGCCAAAACUCAGGACAGAAUUAUCCCACAUCUUUGUUUUGACUGUUCUCAUGCGCAUGUGUGAUUCCCACUUUGACAGGACCGCGGAACCAACACACUGAGGUGGCUGAAAGUUUAAACCUUUUAAAUGGAAGUAAAGGUCGACAGCUGCUCACCGAGGACUGAUAACGUUUGACGGUGUUUUAAUCAUUCCCAGGGUCCGGGUCGGGUUUGGGUCUAUUGACUGUUGUGUCUGAUUAAGGUCCCUGAAAGACUCGAGGAGAGAGGCAGGAGGACACACACACACACAGACACACACACAGGACGAGGAGCCAUGUGGUGGUUUCAGCAGGGUCUGUGUAUCCUGCCCGUCACACUGGUCAUCUGGACGGCGGCAUCCUUCAUCUUCGCUUACAUCACAGCUGUGGUGCUGAGACAUGUGGAUCCUCUGGUGCCUUACAUUAGUGACACUGGGACGAUGGCACCAGAGAGGUGUGUGUUUGGAAUCAUGCUCGACAUAUCAGCCUUUUUAGGUAUGGCCACAGUGUACGUGCGUUAUAAACAGGUGCAGGGUCUAACAGGUGAGGAUGAGCUCAAACUGAACAGACUGAACCGCAUCGGGUUGCUACUCGGCUGGAUCAGCUCCUUCGGGAUGUGCGUGGUCGCAAACUUCCAGAAGACCACACUUUUCUCCAUGCACCUGGUGGGAGCGGUGCUGACCUUCGGAGUGGGGGCUCUCUACAUCCUUGUCCAGACGCUGGUCUCCUGCUACAUGCAGCCCCACGUCCACAGCAAGACCACCUACCUGGUCCGGCUCGGCAUCGGAUUAUGGACCCUGAGCAGCAUCAUCAGCAUGUUUGUAUCAUCGGUGAUCAUGUACAGCAUCCUGAGGGGAGUGGACGUCCCGCACAAACUGCACUGGAUUCCUGGGGAGAAGGGCUAUACGGCUCACAUCGUAAGCACCAUUUCCGAGUGGUCUCUGGCCUUCUCCUUCAUCAUGUUCUUCCUCACCUACAUCAGAGAUUUCCAGAAAAUCCACCUGCGAGCCGAGGCCGUGUUGCAGAGCAGCCACCUCUACGACUUGACGCACAACAGCAAACAUGACGCCUCCGAGUCGUCUCCACUGCUGGGCGAACGGACGUGACGAGCUGCGGGACGACUGAUUUUACUUUUUUAACUAAUUUCAAAACAAUUCUUACAAAGACUCUCUUAAAGCUGGGCUCUUAAAGAGACAGAACACCCACAAGCGUGAAUUGAAGAAGAGGUUAUACGCUUUCUUUCAGUGUGGGUGUACUGUCCCUUUAAGUCCAAAUACAGUUUGAUGCUUUGCACUUUUUCCUAUCUCUCUCUCACUCUCUCUCUCUCUCUCCUCUCUCUCUCUCUCUCUCUCUCUCUCUCUCUCUCUCUCUCUGUCU